GUUAACGUCCUCGCGGAAGACGACGUUGCUGUGGCUUUGUCAGUGAAAAUAGUUUUGUAGGGUAAAGGAAAGUGAGCAAGCAGUGCGCAUAAGUAGCUAGGAAAGGAAAGUCCGUCGCACCACCGUUCCAUCGAGAGAAUCCCAAACCUCGCUAUGCCCGAUGAGGUGGUGUACCAGGUGUUCAACUAUGUGGAGGACAGCUUCAUCAAUGUCCCCGUCGGUGGUCCGGAGGAUACGUGCGAGCACCUCUGCCGGUGGAUCUGUCAGCGGUUGAAGAUCAAACCGCUGGUCUUCUCGCUCGUCGGCCUGCGGAUCCACGGGGAGAGAUGGUUUCUGGCCGGGUGCACCCGGCCGUCGCCGGAAAAGAAGUACGACUUCCGGGUGCGGUUCAAGGUUCCCGAUCUGUCCACCCUAAAGACGUUAGACCAGGAGUUGUUCAACUACUACUACAACCAGCUACGGUACGAUCUGCUGCACAACCGCAUUCCGGAGAUCGACUAUCAAAAGUACAAGAACAAGAUCCUCGGGUACGUCGUGAACGACAUGUACCGGAAGAUGAUCGAGGAUGAGAAGAUCGGCCUGAAUGAGCUGAAGCGCGACUUCGAGAAGUAUAUUCCGCGCAAGAUCAACAAGCAGCACUCGGUGUGCUUCUUCAAUUUUGCUGAAAAGCGAAUCUUCCAGUCGCUUAGCUCCCUCCAGCAGAAGGACCAUGAUGUCAACUACGUCAAAAACGUUUACAUCAACGACAUCGACAACAUUGCGCCGGGCUACCUGUACGAGGAGUACGCGGCGGAAAUACAGUACCCGCGGGGCGAGUUCAGCUCACGCACCGGCAAGUGUCCGGUGAAGCUACGGUUUCAACCGUACGGCAGCACCGCGGCAUCACGCGACAACACCACCAAGUACGGCUCGACCGGUGGCGGGCUGGAGCGGAUGCUGGAGGCGGAUGAUGCCACGGCCACACCGGGACUGAAGGUGUUCUACUCCUGCAAGUGGCAGCAUGUGACGAACAUCGAUGAAAUACUCACCAUCCUGGUGGAAAAGCUUACGGUCAAGCUUGCGCUGGAAGACCAGACCGACCCGUACUGCAUAGACUUUCGCGAUCAGACUGAAUUGCAUUCUUUUGUAACCUGUUUAGCCGGCUAUUAUCGAUUAAUGUGCAAAUGGACUGUGUAUUUAUGCCAAGGUUAUCUUUCCUCGCCAAUGCUGGACUGGCUGAAAGACCACAAGUGCCAUGGGCCUAUCGGCGGAAAGUAUUCCACCGACAAGAUUCGGCAAAAAAAUAGUAGUUGCGGCGCAUGCAUCAUACGCCAAUGCGAGAAGCACUACGAUACGUACUACGUCGAUAUGCUGGAAGGCGCUGGCCAGAUAAAAACGUACAAGAUGAUCUACUCCGACGAUCAAUGGCACGUGCAGCGCGAGAAGGAGAAAGCCGUGGAGCAUUACAACCAGCUAGCGGAAGCGCUGAAGAGUCUCAAUCCGGAGAUAACGUCUGUCUAUCGAUUGCCACCGUCGGACAACGACAACGCUCCGAACCUGCUGCUCUGCCGCCCCACACAAAAGUCUUCGCCGAAGCGGGUGCUUGGCGGUGGCACCCAAGAGCUAGGUCUAAUGAAACGGGCCGGCAUUAUCAACGCCGCCAAGGAGUUGGUUGUCAAUCGAAAUGCGUCGGAGGAUGAAAGCGAUGGGUUUACGAAGCGUACGCGGGCAGAUUUCCUCCUACCGAAUAACAGCAAGAUGGAGGUAACACUGAAGUUGCUGAAGAACGACCGAGAAGGGGAGUAUUUGAAGGACUUUCUUCAAAUGGCUGGCCAGUGGGCGACAAUUGACUCGAUCGACAUCAUCAAACUGUACGGCAUGACGCUUUGCAAACCCAUCACGAUGGUCCUCGAGUAUCCACGGUUCGGUCGGUUGGAUGAGUUUUUGCGAAUGCGAAGAAAUAUCCCGGCGGUGGCACUGAUCGAAGUUGGCCAUUCGCUCGCCCGUGCCCUCUACUAUUUGCAGAAGCAUGGCAUCAUCCACGGGCACAUUCGCUGCUCGACGAUGCAGGUUAUCAACUACGACGCCAGCGGACACCGGAUAUUGGCGAAACUCGGCGACCCGGGCAUGAAUGGGCAGCGGCGGCUUACGAAGGAGGACCUGCUGUGGAUACCGUAUGAGUAUCAGGAUCUGAGUGAGCAUAGCGUGGCCAAGCUGCGGCACGAUCCGGCCUCGGACGCGUGGAGCUGCACCUCGGCGCUGUGGGAAAUCUUUAGUCGCGGCCGGAAGAUGCACGUGCACAAGCCAGCCCAGUUUUUACCCUCGAGGAAGUGGCGGGAUACGAUGGUGCCGGAGCUGAAGGAAUCGAAACAAAUCUACGAGUGCUUGAACUACGGGUGGCACGCAGAUCCGGACAAGCGACUCGCACCGCAGACGAUCGUCGGUUUAUUGGUUCAUGCACGACAAAUGGAAGGCAGCUACUGUACCGUGGAGAAUGGGUACGUCAAUGGACACUCGAACGGGACGUUGCUCAAUGAGACGAACCUCAACAGCAGCAUUAUUUCAAUGGAAACCACGCACACAGCUUCUACACUGGUGAGGUCACGUACGGAAUACACAUCGUCGUCUUACGUGAGCAACUUGAGCGAAAGUGAACUGCACAGUAAUACGUCGAGUGGAGGCAGCAGUUCGCAUCCGCUGCUUUCCAACCACGCCAACUGCUUCAGCGGAGAUUCCUUCCGCGAGCGAACGUUCUACGACUGUCCAGACUACAUACAGCACGGUAACGCUCGGAUAGUCUUCCACAAUACGCUCGGCGAGGGCCACUACGGACGGGUGUACCGGGGCACGCUGGAGAAGAACAAUGACUCGUUUGAGGUGGCACUGAAAACGAUUCAGGACGAUAGGCCCGACCGAUCCGAUCUGAAGCGUGUACGGGAUGACUUCCGCCGGGAGGUAGACAUCAUGAAGGGCUUACGGCAUAAGAACAUUGUGCGCUUUAUUAUGUUUAUCGAGGAGCUCGAUAAGUUGGUCGUGGUGAUGGAGUACGUGCCGAAGGGAUCACUGCUGUCCUACCUUGGCUAUCAGCGGCCGACCCUCGAGGAGAAAGAUCUACUUCAGAUGGCACGGGACAUCGCAAAUGGCAUGCAAUACCUUUUCGAGAAGAAAAUAGUUCACCGCGACCUGGCGGCUCGUAACAUCCUGGUAGGCGAUGACUGUGUAAAGAUAUCGGACUUUGGGCUGGCGCAGGUCACCGAAGGUAGCAACUACUACGUGGCACGACAUACGCGCGAUCUUCCGAUCAAAUGGUACGCGCCGGAAACGCUCGAAACUCAAAAGUAUUCCUUCCAAUCGGACGUCUGGUCGUUCGGGGUAACCUUGUACGAGAUGUUCACGUUCGGUGAAACACCGUACUCGAAUGUGGACGUACAGAGCGGCGAGCAGUUGUAUCAACUGCUGCAGAGGGAGAAGAAGAUAUUACAACUCCCGGGUGACCUUUCGUACGUGUAUGAUAAAGUGAUGGCACCCUGCUUUAUGCGGAACCCACACGAACGAAUAAGUUUCAGCGAACUACUGGACCAGCUGGAUGAAAUGUUGAACGAGUAUGGUGAACUGAUGCAAUAGUGUAAAAAUACGAAAAACUAAAAUCCGGCUAAAAGCCUAGCUUUAAAAGCUGACUGAUGAAAGACGUUGGAUUGAUCGAAGGAAGGUAAUGAUCAAAGCUACCGGUUCACCAUGUGUUAAAAGGGUUGUGCGUGAACGUUAGUAAAACUUCAAGAAACAUGUUAAAUUGAGAUGGUCACACGAGAGCUGUCGUGUAAACUAAAUGAUCUUACUAGACUUUGCACUAAAUCUAUUAUGCACACUUACUGAAAAAAGCAAGGCCACACACCUUCGAGUUUUGUCAAUUUGGUGGACACAUUUUAAACAAACAAAAAAAACGAGACGAAAUACUACUAUGGAUAUAUGAGCCUGUACAAUUAAAAAAAAACAAUGGAAACUUAUACUUAAUGAAUGACGUUUUAGCCGUUCCUCCGUCUUACGCACUCUGUGUACAUGGAUAUUAUGUAAACGAAUCUUGAUGGAUGUGUUAUAUUUUUUAAAAGCAAGCAAAUACUCGUCCCCUUCCACGUUCAAGGGGAAACCAUCGGUUUCGUUAUGCUCUUUAGCGGUAUAAAUGAUAUAAACAACGAACAAAAACAAAUCGAAUAGGAAAAAAAUGGAACAAUUGUGUAUGGCGAACGUGUGUAUCGUAACACAUUAGAAAUUAACCUGUACCUUAACAAACAAAAACAAACUACAAUGGAAGACACUUGACGGACUCAAAGAAGUUGUAAAAUUAGAAAACUUACUUAAAAAUCCUACUGAUUGGAAUGAAAUGUAUGUGCCGUGAAUAUGUUUACAUAUAGAUGUGGCUUAUUAGUGAAAUUUGUCAAAAGAAACACUUACACGAACAAAACAAACUAUACCUAUAACUAGUGGAUAUUAGUUAAUCGAACGAUUUAAAAAGAAAUGUGCCGUCUAGCCCUUAACAACACCCGUUGGCCCGUUCGUUUCGGUCACCUCUUCCCGAAUUGGAUGCACUGAGAAGUCUACGAACAAAGAUUGGAUUAAAUUGAACAAACUUAUACACCGCCCACAAAUUAUAGUAACGUGCUGGGUAUUGUAUUAACUGAAUCAUUGAAAUAGUGUUUAAGAAAGCGCUACAAAGAUCGCUCACUUUCGGUAGUUAAAAGGAAACGACGACCAAGUGCGCAUGUUUGGCUUAGAAAGGAUGUUAUUUUCUUUCUUCUGCUCAGUUUUUCUAGAGACUGCACUGCACCUCCAUCUUGUCCUUGUUUCCCCUUAUGCGCCAAACGAUGAAUGUGAUCGAAAGGAACAAACCAGCGAGAAAUUUAACAUAAAACGACCACAUAACUGAUACUGGUUUGAACGAACAACAAAAAAGAGAAAGUCUGAAGCAGUAGUUCAAGCAUACACCAGUACGCAGUAUUUUUUUUAUUGGUUUUUUCAAACAAACCUUCGUCGGCUUGUGUCGUGACGAAUUUCGGGUUUCGGAGUUAUUGCAUCUCUGCAUGUUUGCUCCCAGUCACUUGAGUAGAGUAGUCGAACGAACAAGCAAAGAAAUGAUAUACUGAAAAAGGAACAAAAAAGAACACACACACACAUAUUAAAUGAACAUAGAUCAAUUUCUCAAAGUGCCACUUAAAAGAUGAAACCCGAAGACAUAAGGGAAAACGUAGAACGAAAUUUUAGAACAACGAUCACACACACAAAGAGAAAAAAAACAACAGAAACGUAAAAAAUAAACCCAGAAAUGUGAGAAAAUUUAAAAGACGUUCAAAAACCAUAAAUAGCCAGCAAAAAAUGUGAAAGCAGCUUUAGCUUCUUAACAGAGUCCACGAUGGUUUCAUGAACACAACACAACUAGUAAGGAAUAAAAAAAAAGAGAGACAAAAGCGAAAACAAAGUGUUAAACAGAGUCCGCCCAUGGUCGGAUGUAAUGGAAGAAACGAGA